AUGCAACGUCCUUAUGCCCUUCUCCGGAUGGCGACAUCCCUGAUGCAGCCAACGAACGGGUCUGGGAGCGACGGUGAGUCGCAAGCACGUCGUGGAUGUUUGGAGCGGCCGGCGCACCGCACGCUGAGAGCAUGGCACGGUGAGGGCCGGACCCAGAAAAGGGACACCGCGUGGGACGUCAGUCUUCACUGCAGCGACCGCCACCGAAUUCGGAUUUGUUCGCACCUUCUGCGGUCCCUCUUUCUCCCCUCACUUCUGUGCCGAGGACUGUGCCGCGGGAUCCAGCAGCGCAAUGUUUGGCCGCAGGAACAUGGCCCGAACAAAUGA